AUGCCUCCCACCUCCGUCACCAUCGCUCUCCGCCCCAUGGACGCUGCCUCCGCCUCAAAGUUCCACCUUCCGUCCAUGGCCACCAACAACACCAACACCACUACUACUACUACUACUACUACCACCACCACGCCCCACAAUACCGUCACCCUCGCCCCUCGUCUCCCCUCCUCUCCCAAGCCAAAGCCUGCCAAUACCCAAACCCCCAUCUCAGCAAACCAGAAGCGCAAGCUCGUCCCCAUGCCCAUGCCCACAGAGGAACUACUCUCUUCCACCAUGGUCGCUCAGAACGCCUCCAUCGUCGAUCGCUGUCUCUCUCGUGUCCACGUCGUCAGCCCCCCUCUCAAGCCCGGCAAGCGUAACUCGCAUCAGCACACUCCCGCCCUUUCCCCAGUUCCUACCGGCUCCACCACCAACCCCCACCCCUACUCGCCUACCAUCGACCUCUCCAACAGUCGUAGUUCCGUGCCCUCGCCCCAGGAGCUCGCUCGCGCCGAGCGUGCAGAGGAGGAAAAGGCUCGCCAGAAGAAGGAAAAUGCUGCUGCAGCCCGUGCAGCCGCUGCCCUGGCUCGCCGCCGCAGGGCCCACCGCUCCAGCCGCAACUCUCGUAUGCCCUCGGCUUCGGCCUCUGCCUCGGCCACCCCUGCUACCAUGAUUCCACCCAUCCAGCGUGCGGUGGCGCGUGAGCGCGCUCUCUCUGUCGAGUCUGCUUCCAGCCGAGAAGCCAGACACAUGGCCGGUUUUGCGGCUUCCGCAGAAGCCGUGGUUGUUCAAGUCGAAGCUGAAGCUGCCUCCGCCGCUGACGCUGCUGGCCCUGUGAGUCGCUCGCUCAAGCGCACUCGCAGCACUGGUCUCGGUACUACUACUACUACUCCUGGAACUGCCGCGGUCAGUACCCACUCGCCGCUGCGCACAGUGACUGCUGCGGACGAGCACACGUCCCCGCCCAUGAACGACUAUGUGCCGCGCAAGCGCUCACGCCUUGCCAUCUCGUCGGUCUCGCCGACGGGCUCGGCAUCCUCGCUUCCCGAGAAUGGAGCCCAGUCCGCCGCGCCGCGCCGGAGCCCGCGCGCGAGAACCCGCGCGAGCCUGUCCCCCGUCGAGCCCACGUCAGCGGCCAUGCGGCGCGCCGUCAGCGCGACGGAGCGCACGAACGGGCGCAGCACGCGCGGCAACAGCGCCGCGCCGCGCACAUCGAGUGCGGGGCCGGAAGGCGGGGGCCGCGAGCGUGCGCGCCGCGACACGCAGCCGCCGUCGCACAUGCGCGACUACAAGACGGCAUAA